GCUGGGACUACAGGCAUGCACCACCAUGCCUGGCUAAUUUUUGUAGAGAGGGGUUCUCACUUUGUUGCCCAGAUUGGGAGAUCUUUCUGUACUUGACUGUAUGCUUUCCAUUGAUCUGCUGCUAUUUUCACUAUUAUUCCUUCUUUUGUGUGGGUAUUUUCUUCUGAUUUUUAGAAUUUUACUUGUAAACAUGCUACAUUACACAUAUAAUUUGUGCCCUGUUUUUCCAUUUACAUAUUAUACUUUCCAUAUUAGUACAUUGUCUGAUAUUUCUGCAUAAUACUCAAUUCAACUUAUCUGCUGUUGUUUUUAUCAUAUCCCUAUUACAAACAUGAGGCCCAUUUCCCUUUUUUAAAAAAGGAAAGUUUGAGGUUACGGGUGGUGUUCUGAUAAAUAAUAUUUUGUCAUUUGUUUUCAUUGACAAGGAAACAUUGUUUUGAAUUCAAUGCCUCAAAUUGGGUGCACAAUAAUUUGAAGGAAAAAGCUGACAAGUUUGAAAUGAAAUUGAUAUUACAUAAUUUACAUUAAAAUGAUACAUCUUUUGUAAAUUUGUAAGAAGAAUAAAAAAUAAAUGAAAACCUGAUUACCUUUCUUAUUUGAAGUUUAUUUGGGGGGUCAGAAUUUGACUUGCUUCUGUAUUAUUUCACUUUUCAAAAGAAUCCGCCAGGAGAGAUUAUAAUUGCGUGGUCUUCAAAUGAGAAAUCAAGUCUUUCUUUAUUCAACAGAAAAUGUUGGAAGCCCAUUUAGAAAUCAUUUAAUAUUGAAGUUCCUAUAGUGUUGGUUAUAAAUUCAACCUUGACAUUUCUUAAUAUUGUACAAAGAAGUGGUAGAGUAGAAGUGGGAGUUCACUGGGGCUUGUAGAUUUCGCAGGAUGUUUUAUUUCCCGGAGAACCAAACCUUAAGCACAGUGCACGCCACACCUGAGGGCGGAUUCUCCCAGGCCGGCCCAAGUCAGGGCAGGGCUGGAAAACCAGGGGCUUGUUGCCCAGCGAACCGCCACAACAGAGAGCGGUCUGCGCUCCGGCGGGGCUGACCUGCCAGCGUCCAGCCUCGCGCCCUGGGCCUGUCUGGAUCUGGGUCUGGGUCUGGCCCUGCGCUCCGGGUCCGCGGAGGCGACCAUGGACCUCGCCGGGCGCGCCCGGGGCCACGGGGCCACGGUAGGGGGGCUGCUGCUCGGGGCGGCUGCUGCCGCCAAGGGUCUCAGGGAGGACCUGAGGGGCGCGGACGCCCUGCCUUGGAGGGCCCUGUCCCGGAUCCCGAAGCGGAAGGGGCUUGGAGAGGAGGACACGACAGUUGCCGGACACGAGCUCCUACUGCCAAAUGAGAGAAGCUUUCAGAAUGCUGCUAAAAGCAAUAAUUUGGAUCUUAUGGAGAAGCUGUCUGAAAACAAGGUUAACAUUAAUGCUGUGAACAAUAUGAACCGCACAGCCCUGCAUUUUGCAGUGGGGAGAAAUCAUUUAUCUGCAGUGGAUUUCUUGCUUAAACACAAGGCCAGGGUGGAUGUUGCUGAUAAGCAUGGCUUGACAGUAAUUCACCUUGCAGCCUGGUCUGGGAGCCUUGAGGUCAUGCUCAUGCUGGUUAAAGCUGGAGCAGAUCAGAGAGCCAAGAAUCAGGAUGGAAUGAAUGCCCUCCACUUUGCUGCUCAGAGCAAUCAUGUGCGCAUCGUGGAGUAUCUUAUUCAAGAUCUGCACCUCAAGGACCUGAACCAGCCUGAUGAGAAAGGAAGAAAACCAUUUCUUUUGGCAGCUGAGAGGGGCCAUGUUGAAAUGAUAGAAAAACUUACCUUCCUAAACCUGCAUACUUCAGAAAAGGACAAGGAGGGAAACACUGCCUUGCACCUCGCUGCAAAGCACGGUCACAGUCCUGCAGUGCAGGUGCUGCUAACCCAGUGGCAAGACAUAAAUGAGAUGAAUGAGAAUGGAGAAACACCAUUCUUUCUGAGUGUUGAAGGAGGUCAUGAAGAGUGCAGCAAAGUGCUGCUGACAGCAGGAAGUGACAUCAACAUUCCAAAUAAACUCAAUAUCAGUAGUUUGCAGAUCGCAACCAGGAAUGGCCAUGCAUCCCUUGUCAACUUUCUUCUCAGUGAGAAUGUUGAUCUGCACCAGAAAGUGGAACCUAAGGAGUCUCCUCUUCAUUUAGCUGUUAUCAACAACCACAUCACGGUUGUAAACAGCUUAUUAAGUGCACAGCAUGAUAUUAACAUAUUAAAUCAGAAGCAACAAACCCCUCUGCAUGUAGCUGCUGAUUGUGGAAAUGUGGAACUGGUGGAAACCCUGCUGAAGGCAGGCUGUGACUUGAAGGCUGUUGACAAGCAAGGAAAGACUGCCCUGGCUGUGGCCUCCAGGAGCAACCAUAGCCUUGUGGUGGACAUGCUCAUUAAAGCAGAGAGAUACUACGCCUGGAGAGAGGAGCAUCAUGAGAGCAUUGGGGACCCAUCAACAGGCUUUCCUCUGACAUUCAAGCAAGACCACAGUCUGGAGACCAGACACAUUCGCACGCUCCUCUGGGGCCUGGCUUACCAUCAGCUGAAGGCCAAUGAGUGGCAGAGGCUGGCCCGUUUGUGGAACUUUACAGAUGACCAGAUUAGAGCCAUUGAGGCACAGUGGUCAGGAAAUGAAAGCUUCCGUGAACAUGGCCACAGGGCUCUGCUUAUCUGGCUACAUGGGACCCUGAUGACUCAGGCUGAUCCGGCCAAGCACCUGUAUGAAGAGCUGGUACACGCAGGUUUCCCAAAACUAGCUGAAAAGACUCGUCAUUUCAAAAGCAAAACUGACUUAAACUCCAAGAAAUGUGUAGUUUCAUAAAUGCCCAAAGAAAUUGUAUUUACAUGAUCUUCCACUCAGCAUUCAGUUCUUUUAAUGCCAUAAAUUUCUCCUAGCAGUAGCACUGAUUUUCGACUAUAAUGAUGGUGGUGACAGGGUACUGUAACAGGUGAAAGAAGAGUAAUACCAUGAUACUUUUCAACCUCUAAAAAGCCAAAUACAGUUUUUUUGCUGAGGGCAAGUUAUAUAUAAUUUUCCCAUUUCUGUCAUUUGAUGUAACACGUGUAAUAAGAUAAUCUAGGAGGGUUUUGUAUGUCAUGUUUUUUUCUAAAAAUUCAUGGGAGCAGCAUCAUGGUACAGUAAAAAACCAACGGUUUUUACAAUAGACGAAUAUAGUUUUGAACUUGGUUUUGCCACUUAUUAGAUGUGAACCUUUGGGCAUGUUAAUGUUGUUUAAGUUCUUAGAUCUUCAGUUUCCUUCUCUAUAAACUGGGACAAAUGUCUAUUUAAUCCACAGGGCUGGAGUAGAGAUGAAGGGAAAAUGCCUGUGAAAUGCCUAGCCUCAUGCCCACAGUAUGGAAAUCAACUGUUAUUUCUCUUUCAGUAAGAGAAACUGGGUUUGGAAAUUUAUAGUCAUUGUUGACUUUAAAUCACACAUAAUGUGUAAUAUAUUACUUAGGAAAGACCAGAAGUAUGUACACCAAUUUUUUUUUUUUAAUCUUGUGGUGAUGUAAUUACUGAUGAUAAUUUUCUUUGUACUUUUGGGUACAUUCAAUUUUUUUCACAAUGAACAUGCAUUAUUUUUGUAAUCUGAGAGUUGUGAAAUAAAUGUAAAAUCGAGUAUCAA